CGGCGUCAAGACGCCCGGCUAUGUAAAGACUCGUCGUACGUUGUCUCGGAGACAACGUCGCGAUUUCCCUGUAUUUUCGGCACUCGAAGUUUCGAUAUCGAUUCCCGACGAAGCGUAAUCGCCGCGUGAUCGCCGAGCAGUGCCCGCACUUGUUGACUGUCAACAUGGCGAAGAAAUCGGAUAUUCUGUAUCUGUUCGAUAGACCGGCGGAGCCGGUGUACGUGCCCAAGGGAGAGAACAAAGUCGCUUUCGAUGUACCAUCUAACUACUUGCCUGAUAAUCGACAAUCGAUAGCUCCUGCUUUACUCAAUCGUUUCGGGGACGAGACCGAGUCGAAAGUUUCAGUAAAGCAGAUUAGUCUGCCUGAUUUGAGUAUUCCUCUUCAACUUGGACGUCGAGAACCUUUCUCUCUUUUCAUCCCUAAGCCGAAAUUAGCUGCACGACUUAUCGACAUCUUCAUGGGUAUGCGAACGUAUGAUGACUUCCUUUCGGUGUCGGUUUACUGUCACGAUCGCAUUAAUCCCCAGAUGUUCAUCUACGCGCUCUCGGUGGCGAUUCUGCAUCGUCCUGAUACCAAGGAUCUACCGAUACCACCGCUGUCGGAAAUUUUCCCGGACAAGUAUAUCGACAGUGGGGUAUUCGCCAGAGCAAGGGAGGAAGCCAACGUUGUACCAGCUGGCUCGAGGCUACCUAUCGAAAUUCCGCGGGAUUAUACCGCGUCGGAUCUCGACGAGGAGCAUCGUGUGGCUUAUUGGAGGGAAGAUAUCGGGAUCAAUCUUCAUCACUGGCACUGGCAUCUGGUCUAUCCAUUCGAGACCGACAUCAGGAUUGUUAACAAGGAUCGGCGUGGCGAGCUGUUCUACUAUAUGCACCAUCAGAUCCAAGCCAGAUACAAUUGCGAGCGUCUGUGCAACCGAUUGGGCCGAGUGAAGCGCUUCCACAAUUGGCGCGAGCCGAUCCCGGAGGGCUAUUUCCCCAAGUUAGAUUCGCUGGUGGCCAGCCGCACCUGGCCCGCCCGCUCCGCCGGCGCCAUUCUUAAGGAUAUCAACCGUCCCGUGGAUCAGCUCAACUUCGACCUUCAGGAUCUAGAGAGAUGGCGCGAUCGUAUCUACGAAGCCAUUCACACCGGCGCCUACAUCAGCCCCCGCGGCGAGAGAGUGGCUUUGACCGAGUUCGGUGGCGUGGACGUGCUCGGUAACAUCAUGGAGGCCAGCAUCCUAUCGCCCAGUCCGAAUGUCUAUGGCGAUCUUCAUAAUCUCGGUCACGUCGCCAUCUCUUACUGUCACGAUCCCGAUCAUCGCUACUUGGAAACUUUCGGCAUCAUGGGAGAACCGGCCACCGCCAUGAGAGAUCCCAUCUUCUAUAGAUAUCACGCUUUUGUCGACGAUGUGUUCCUGGAGCACAAGAAUACACUUCCCGAGUACACCCUACAGCAGUUGGACUUCCCCGGCGUAGUGAUCACAGAUAUAGAAGUGCAGACUCCGAAUCAGCCGGCGAAUCUGAUUUCGACCUUCUGGAACAAGAGCGACGUUGAUCUAUCUCGCGGUCUGGACUUCACGCCUCGCGGUGCAGUUCUCGCCAGAUUCACCCAUCUGAAUCACGGCGACUUCACGUACAGAAUCGUCGCCAAUAAUCGCAAUAACACGCCGAAACGAGGAACGGUUCGCAUAUUCAUCGCGCCCAGACAGGACGAACGUGGACUUCCCUUCGUCUUCACGAGUCAGAAGGAACUCAUGAUCGAGAUGGACAAAUUUACUGUAUUAUUGAAACCGGGAUCGAACACUAUUGAGCGUAAAUCAACGGAGUCAUCGGUAACUAUACCGUUCGAGAGGACGUUCCGCAAUCUCGAGGAGAACAGACCAAUCGGCGGCGAUAACCUGGAACAGUUCAACUUCUGCGGGUGCGGCUGGCCGCAGCACAUGCUGGUACCUAAGGGCAAGGAGGAGGGAUUCCCGAUGGACCUCUUCAUCAUGAUAUCCGAUUACACCGGUGACGCGGUGGAGCAGGACGAAUCGACCGGAUGCAAGGACGCGGUGAGCUUCUGCGGCCUGCGGGAUCGCAAGUAUCCGGACGCGCGACCCAUGGGCUACCCGUUCGAUCGUAGACCCCGCCCUGGUGUGGAGACCCUGGCCCAAUUCCUGACCGGCAACAUGGCGGUCACGCAGAUCACCAUCCGUCACGCGGACACCGUGUUGCCGCGGGUGCGAUCCGGAAGCAUGAGCAACACCCUCACCUUCGCCAACUAAUCCGACCGCUGGGCCGCUCGCGCAUCUCCGUCGAGAGUCCCAGCCUCUCGAUCCUCGCCCCGCGCAUUUUCAGUCCUGCAAUAUCCGUCGUAGAAUCGCGACUGAUUGCGUGGAAAGGCGACACGUUUCCCAUCCAAGUCUAUAUCCUCGGGUGGCGAACGCCGGAACGACGAUGGCGGGACGGGAGCGAAUAAAAAGCCGGAGGUGGGCGAAACGCUAUUUCCAUAUCUCAAUGACGGAAGAUUAAUCGAGAGACAGGGAGAGAGAGAGGAAGAGAGAAAGAGAGAUUCUCCGUUGCGCAGGAAUGCACAAUCUUGUACGUUUUAAUCGCUGAAACUCCCAUAUGAUACCGCGAUAUCGAUUCUCGCUACUCCCCGAUGACCAAAUUCCAUCGAACUUGCGUCUAUCUCGUGAAGCUUUUUUAUUCUUUUUAAUCUGAGAAAGAUCUUAUAUGGAUAUUUUUAUACUCAAAUAUUUUCUCUGUCUUAACCGCUUAUUUCAGUAGCCGUUAGUACAAAUGCAUUUAUCGAACUAUAAGUCAAAACUGAUCUAUUAUUAUUUACAUUUUAAUUUUAUAAAUGUUUUAUCAUGGAAAACACUUGCGAAUUUGCAUCAUUUUUUUUUUCUCGAAUGAUUUUGUAGAAGCUGUUUUAUUUACGAUUUCAUAGCUGGCGCGUUCACAAGCAAUGAGUACCGCUUAACAAAUGUAUUUUUGCGUAAAAACGGGAACAAAGACGUGUCUCGAACGCUCAAGCGAAGCUUUCCUCGUCUUCUUUCUCUCGUUUCACUCGCAUUACGGGAACUAGAUUGUAGGAAGCAGCAAAUGUAAAAAAACAAAAAAGAUAAAAAUAAAGUCUAUGCAAAUUA